AUGAGGCACCGGGUGGCGUCUGACUUUGAAUGCUUCGACUGUGGAGCGAGGUUCUCACAUAAAAGGAGUCUGCACCGACACAUCGACGAGAGACAUCGACGUCAAAGGCUGUAUACUUGUGACAUUUGUGAGAAGGGGUAUUCCCGCAGAGAUAACCUUAGGGCCCACAUGGUGAGUCAUGAGAGACGUUCAAAAGUGAGGUCGGAAGUCCACUUGAGCGACAAAGGAGGGAAAGAACGUGAACGUGAAAAAGGUCGGGAAACUCGAGAACAUGAGGAGAAGACAACAACUCGGAUCUGCAGUGAGGUACAAGAGCCAACCAUUGCUGAAGCAGAGAUUCAAGUCGACGUCUCUCCUGGCACUAUGGAAGCGGUAAAUUCUUGGAAAAUGGGCCCAGGACUCAGUGGGAAACCACUUAGCCUCCUGCGUCAACAGGUGCAAGAUGAGCAGUCUGAGGAGUCUGAGUCCGAUCUUGAAGAUGAACAGGAGGGGGGCAUGGACUUGCCUGAGAAAGUGAAGUUGGGAAAGCCUAUCGGUGACUUGAAACCGACCAGGAUUUUAGCAGGGAACUUAGUCCGAGUAGCCGAACAUAGUUCGGCAUACGUGUUUUCCGGAGGAUCGAAAUCUAUUUACGAGGAAAAGGCACGGACCUACCACAUGGUGGUGGUAAAAGCUGUCGGGUCGGUCCCUGAAGCUUCAUACACCAAGAUUAAUCAUGUACGUGAGGGGCAUGUGGGUCCGGCUAUGUCCGUAGAGGAUUUGGAGCGUGGACUUAUCGGAAACCUAAAAACUCUCACCGAAAAAACCACGCGCCGAGUGUUCCGAAAUGGAGAAAUAGUAUCGGAGGACGAAGUCAUAAAGGAGUUUACGGUGGAUAUGAUGGUGGGAACAACCAAGGCCGAAACAGAUUGAUCAGCUAAAGAUCUCAUCAUCCAGAACACUUUUAAGAACUUUUGUUAUAUAUAAAAAACAGUAUCUCUUCUUUGAGAAACAUUCCGUCUUGUUGUUUUGUAUUCCGAUUUAUUGCCUUGAUGUAUGUUAUACUCUAUUUACUAUUAUGUCUUCCUUGCCUUUCUUCUUAUCUUUCCUAUAUCCUCCUCAUCUUGACAUUUUCCUGCUCUCUCUACAACUCUCUCCGCUUUUUCUAUAUAUUUCUGUACAUAUAUCAUUUUGUUCUUGUUUUGUGAGAACAGUGCUUGAUUAAAGUUAUAUUUUUGAUGUCAUCGAUCAUGCAGUUGAAAAAAAAAAAAGAUCAGUAUCUACUUUUUAUACAAAACAUUUAAUACCUCAUGUUUGGACAUGAAACUCAAAAUGUUAUUUGGUUUUCUUUAGGAAGUCUUAGAGAUGUCUUCAAACUCAUAAGUGUGUUAAGAAGAGUGCUUUCUUUUUAUGCUAUACCUGUAUAUACCUGUAUAUUCUUAACGAUAUUUGUUUUAAAUAUUUUUUUUGUACUUAUUGUUUCUGCCAAAGAUGUUUCACUCUUGAAGGGUGAGUUGAGUUUUGAAAGGAUUUAUUUUUAGUCUUUUUAGUUUUAUACCUGGUCCGAGGACAGCCCAGACUUGGGGAGGGGCUGUGUAGCAUAAUGAGUUAUACCUUUAAGAUGUAUUUCAUAGUUUAAUCGUAGAGGGCGAUGAUUUAGUUGUGAUAUGCUUUGCGAUUAUUGGAGAAGUACGUCAGUUCGCUGGGAGCUGCGGUGGCGUGCGGUUGUAAGAUGUAAGCUCCGAAUAAAUCAAGUUGAACUGUAUAUUGAAUA